AUGGCCAGUAGAUGCGUCCUCUUCGUGUUCCUGGCAGCGCUCGUUGGUCCUGCGUUUGGGCAACGGAACGCCACGCAGUCGGGCUGUGAAGUGUGUGCAAGUAGUGGAGACUGUGCUCAGGCCUAUCGAGGCACGCCGGGCCAGUUCUGCGGCCACUGGCUCGACCGCCGAAAUGCACGCCGUCCGUGCUGCUGCCCAGACAACGGCGUCUGCAGCGUCUCUACUUACGCCUGUAGUUGCAACGAUGCUCGAAACGCAUAUCCCUACCGCAUACGGGACGGAGGGGGCGGUCUUUUAUGGCUGUGGACUCUGCUCGGGUCACUAGCGCUGUUCCUGUGUUGCUGCGGCAGCUGUUUCAUGGUGGCCAAGCGCAUGAAAGACCGGCGGGACCAGAAGAAUGCAAUUCCACUUGCAGCUCCUGUGGCGGGUCCCGCCAGUGGAGACACAUCGAGCCACCCGUACGAUACGACGUCGGCCGCGUAUGCUGCCGCUCCAUACGAACCUGUGCAUACUGCUACGUCGCGAAUGCAUGACGGCUCUUACGGCCACAGUAGAGGUGGCGGCGGCAUGGGCGCUGGGGCGGGUGCAGCACUGGGUGGAACAGCUGGUCUAAUAGGAGGACUUAUGCUUGGAGGAGCGCUGGCUGAUCAUGGCGACUCGUAUGGGUACGAAAGUGGCUUUGACGGUGGCGGCGCUAUUGACUGUAGCGGUGGAGAUUUUGGUGGAGAUUUUGGUGGAGAUUUCUGA